AUGCGUUUUUCUUUUAUUGCCGGCAAACGAGACGCGGGCCGCUGCGGCUAUAGCAGACAAACCUUCGCUUCGAUGCGUCUCGCGAGACCGCGCACCACCAGGCGCCUCCUCUCACAGCUGCCAGCGCCGUGGGAGGCAACUUAUGCCGCCAGCACACGCGCAGAGCUCCUCGCCGCCUACGAGGCCUGGGCGCCCACGUACGACGCAGACUCGGUCGGGUCGUUUGGCUACGCAGCACCGGGCGCGGCUGCCCUGGCGCUCGAGCGGCACGUUGCUGACGCUAGCGCGGCGGUGGUGCUCGACGCGGGCGCUGGUACAGGCCAGGUGGGCGAGCACCUGAGCCGCCUCGGCUUCUCGCACGUCCUCGGCGUGGACCUCUCGGCUCCGAUGCUGCGAAUUGCAGCCACGAAGGGCUGCUAUCGCGAGCUCUUGCGCGGAGACCUCACUGACCGGACGCUGCUCCCGCCCGGCUCACUCGAUGCGGUGGUCUGCGUCGGCACUCUCACGCCGAACCACGUCGAGGACGGCGCCACGCUGCACACGUGGCUGGAGUGGCUUCGGCCCGGUGGUGUAAUCUGCGCGUCCAUACGCGAUGACUUUUGGGAGGGCAGCCCGCUCCCCAACGCGUGCCAGAGGCUGCAGGAGGAGGGGCUGUGGACGCUCGUGGAGGAGACCGAGUCGGCGCGCUACACGCCGCUGGUGAACGACGUGGCCUUUCGCGUGCGCACGUGGCGAAAGGCAGUGGACUGCCUCGCAAGUGGUUCGACAUAG